ACUUCGAACCUCUCGACAUAUCGACAACCGUCACCAUGCCGAGCCACAAGUCCUUCCGCACCAAGCAAAAGCUUGCCAAAGCUCAGAAGCAGAACCGCCCCAUCCCUCAGUGGAUCCGCCUGAGGACGGGCAACACCAUCCGCUACAACGCCAAGAGGCGACACUGGCGCAAGACCCGUAUCGGCAUCUAAACGAUUCGCCACCCCUCUCCCUGCCAGCUCACGAUUCUCGAGCCCCAGCAUCAAUUCUUUCACGUCCGGCGAGCGAGCGACACGGGAACGGCAUGGCUGGCAAUUGGCUGGCUGCUGCGCGGCGGUAGGGUGGAACGAUGGAUGGACGCUCUCACGAGGGAGGCUUGCAUGCAUAUCAUGAUUUGAGUGAAGGGUUUUCCAAGGACGCUCACUCUGGCUGGCGCUUAUGGGUUCGAAAAUUAGGGUUAGGCAGUGGACAUGAAUGAAACACUUGCAGGACUGAACACUGGUGGAUUGUGCAGACGCAACCGGAACAUUGACGAGUUGAGGUGCUGUGAUCGCUCGACGGAAACUUCGGUAUCUAUAAUCGUUGUUUUGAGUCGCUUUGCCGGAUGACCUGACGUCCCGUCUGCCGGAUACAACACAGCAACUAUUUAUGGCGUCGCCUCACGCAUUUACACGGCACAU